CGCAGAACGCAAUAAAAAACGUCUAGGAAAACAAAUUAGUCUGUAGUAGGAAUUGAUGGUAGGCACAUUUAUUCGGCCUUUGGAUGUCAGUGAAGACGUCACUUUGAAUAUCCACCAGGAAUUAGAAAGCGACGUUGGCGGUGUUGUAUGGGACAGUGCGCUAGUGGCAGCUCACUAUUUUAUCAGAAAUGCAUCGCAAUUUUGUGGUAAAAAGAUCCUCGAACUAGGUGCUGGAACGGGUAUUUGUGGUCUCACCUUGGCUGCACUGGGAGCUGAUGUUGUCAUCACUGACUUGCCAUCACGUCUACCUUUGCUGUUGAAGAACUACGAGACAAAUCGAACUCACCUCAGUGGCUCAGUAGAAGUCAAUGCUUUGGAUUGGUCUUCUCCAGGAGCUAUUCCAAGUGUUGAUGUGGUAAUUAUGGUGGAUUGUAUAUAUUAUAUAGACAGUAUAGACUAUCUCAUCAAAACAUUGACUCUCUGCAAAAAUGCAGAAGCCAUAUGUGUCUAUGAGAAGAGAGAUAUUGGUGAACCUGUGAUUGCUCAAAAAUCCUUCUUCGAUAAGAUUGUUCAAUACUACGAUGUGAUUCUUGUGCCUGACUCUGAGCUUCAUCCUGAUUAUUCUUGCUGUGAUGAAAUUUCUGUGAUAAAGCUCAUCAGAAAGUAUAUUAAUGUACUUCUAUCAGAGUCUGACACUGCAGCAAUGAUGUAUCGAGAUCCAUCGACAUCUUCAAACUACGAAGAAAUCAAAGUGACACAUUAUUUUCUUGAUUGGAAAGUUGAUUUUGAUGAGAAGAAAAUUACUGGCUCGACAUCUGUCACUCUCAAGGCUUUGAAGUCUGUUGAUAAAGUGAUUUUCGACACUCAUAGCUUGGAGAUUUCUUCGGUCAAGCUAAAUGGACAAGAUCUCAAGUACGAUGUCACGGCAGGGACUCCGAUUGGAGAAAAAUUAACCAUUCACAUGUCACCGCUAUCAGAGGGUCAAGAAGUGAGGCUGGAGAUCAAUUACUCUACACCCAAAAAUGCAGCUGCCCUCCAGUUUCUUGAUAAGGAACUUACUGCUGACAAAAAGGCCCCGUAUCUGUUCUCGCAGUGUCAAGCAAUCCAUGCCCGAUCUAUCAUGCCAUGCAUGGACACACCUUCAGUGAAAUCGACUUACGAUGCAAAGGUGACCGUGCCAUCUGGUCUGGUAUGUCUUAUGAGUGCCAUCGGUAAAGAAAAGAAGGAAAAUGGCGGUAACACUACGUAUACCUUUAAUCAACCAGUAGCGAUACCAUCGUAUCUGUUAGCCAUUGUUAUUGGACACAUCGAGAAAAGAGAGAUUAGCUCAAGAUGUGCUGUUUGGUGCGAGCCUUCCAUAGUGGACUCUGCUAAAUGGGAGUUCGAAAGUACUGAAAAGAUUCUCCAAACGGCCGAGGGAAUAGCCGGUCCAUACAGAUGGGGAAGGUACGAUCUCGUCGUGCUGCCACCCACUUUCCCGUUUGGUGGCAUGGAAAAUCCAUGUCUCACCUUUGUCACUCCCACUUUAUUGUCUGGAGAUAGAUCUCUGGUUAAUGUUGUAGCGCACGAAAUUGCUCACAGUUGGACUGGCAAUCUAGUAACCAAUGCUAGCUGGGAACACUUCUGGCUAAAUGAGGGUUUUACCGUCUUUCUUGAGAGGAAAAUCCAUGGGAGGCUUCAGGGCGAACCCGAGCGACAAUUCGAAAGCGAAUGCGGUUAUGAUGAAGCUCUCACAGUUGCCGUAAAGACUUUUGGAGAUUCGCACGAAUUCACGAAACUUAUCCCCGAUCUUCGAGGUGCAGAUCCGGAUGAUGCAUUCAGCUCAGUGCCUUAUGAGAAGGGAUCUGCCUUCCUUUUUACACUUGAGCAAUCACUUGGUGGACCCGAAAAAUUCGAGGACUUUCUGCGAAAAUAUAUAGAAAAAUAUGCUCACCAAAGCAUAACCACAGACGUAUGGAAACAGGAACUCUAUUCGUAUUUUGCCCAUAAGAAGGAUGUUCUUGAUUCAGUUGACUGGAAUAAAUGGCUCCAUGAACCAGGAAUGCCUCCAAAACCGAAGUAUGAUUCUUCCCUGAUGGAGUCAUGCCGAGCUUUGGCCGCUGAAUGGACCUCAGCCGCAGACAACGCUCCACCGAAUGUGUCCUCCUCUUUCGAGAAAAUGUCACCAGCUCAGAAAGUUGCCACAGUGGACAAGAUUCGUCUCAGUGGGAAGUUUACGGCAGCGAAGAUGCCGGCCUUGACGUCAUGCUUCAAAUUGGAUGAAGCGCGAAAUUCGGAGUUAAAAUUCAGCUGGCUGAUGCUUGGUCUUGACACUCAGUGGCAACCAAUAAUACCCAAAGCGCUUGCAUUUGUACUGACUGUAGGACGAAUGAAGUUCUGCAAGCCUAUCUACAAGUCGCUGUUCAAUUGGCCAGCAGCUCGUACCAGUGCCAUUCAGCAGUUCGAAGCGAAUAGGAAGAAUAUGCAUCCCAUCACAGCUUCAAUAAUUGCUAAAUUACUUAAUUAAUUUCACAUUUUUGUUGUUUUAGGCAUAAGCAUACUUCAUAAUAUGAUUGUUUAA